CGGUGCAUUUUGGGGACUGUCCCUUAUCUGUCCAAUAUGGCGUCAGUGUGAGCGCUGACGGCCGCUGGGUGUGAAAGCGGCGCCGCUCCGACUGUCACUGAGUGAGGGACCAAGACCCAGCCCUAUCCAAGCGGCCGCCAGCAACCCUCUCCUCCCCCGCGCUCUCGGCAGUUUAUCCUCGGAGGGGUUGACUGUGUUUGAGCCUCCCCCACCCUCCCCAGUUGCCCCGCCCGCUCUCCUCCCCUUUCUGGUUGCUGGGGUGUUCUUCCCCCUUUUCUCUCCCUCUGUUAUAAACAUUUCCCUGCUGAGGGGCUGAAGAGAUCGACGGGUUGCAAUGGCGGCGGUGUGAGGCGGUAGCGCGCUGUCCGUGUGUUGGCGCCGGCCCUCGGGAGCCAUGGCGGCGGCGGCUGCAGUGGCGGCCGCAGCUGCGGCCGAUUCGGCCCAGUGGCUCUCGGUGAAAGAGGAGACGCUUUUCCUGCACGACGGCCUAAUCAGAGUGACCGACCUGGUGGAGCUACCAACUGAGAUCGGGGUUUCAGCCGAGCCUGGGGAGAACGAACAGGAGAUAUUGACAUUUGAAACCAAAAAUCCUGAAGAGCUAGCAGAACGCUUGCGAGCUGUGUGUGGAAACCAGAGUAAUGCAUAUGCACGACUACUUGAAUACCGUCUCAAUGCACUUAGAGGCCUGUGGAAUGCACAACGGCAGUUAGCACUUGAAGAGCAGCAUGAACGUGAAAACUCCAGUGAUGAAGAGACCAUGUCCUUGCUCAAACGGCAAGGCUUGCUGCAACAACCAGAACAAGCACCAUUUACUUCUCGCAUGGGCCUCUUAUUAGUGUUCCCUUUGAUCCAGUCACAAAGUAAAACUGAUCCUUCUCUCUGUAAUAUCACUGCUGAGGUACUCCUGAACUGCCUGAGAGAUUGUCAACCUCUGAGCCUUACAAAAGAACCUGCUGACUGUCUGAAUGGUCUGGAAGCCCUUCUCUGCUCCUGGUUAGAAGAAUCACCUGCUUUGGGUCAAUCAAUUCCAUGGAAACAGAAAGAAAAUGCUGCAGCUGCAUUGGUAGCUCUUGCCUGUGCAAGAGGCUCUCUGAAAACACUAAUUCACACAGUGCACCUGUUACAGAAACAGACCGACCUGGGGUUUUUACCAGUUACAGACGUUCUACAUCGACUUCUUCUGUUGGAAGGAGGACCAGGUUCGGCAUCUUGCCUGCUUGGCAACAAACAUAUGGUGUCUUGGGGGUUUGAGGAUAUGCUGUCUGCACCGGAGAGCAACAGUAGUUCCACUGACAAUAAAGAUGCAGAUUUGGGUCGCUGCCUUGCAACAGACGGAAUGUACCUUUACACAACUAACUCAGUUGGCAAGGGGAUCAGCAAACUGGGAUCCGGUCUUCAUGGCACUCUACGUGGUUUUGUCUAUUGUCGCAACGAUGAACUUGAAGCUGGCUGGAUUGCUUUUGGUAGUGGUACUCUCCUUCACCGUCCAGCCUCCUUUGACAGCAAGCCUCAUUACCUCUUUCAAGUGAUUGAUCAAUACACCCUGCAGGUGUCCCAGGUUGUGUCCAUGCCACCAAAUCACUUCCCAGUAGGCAGUAACAUGACCACAGUCCAUCUCUGCUCUGAUGGAACUUACAUCUAUUGGAUCUGGUCUCCUGCAGGUUUGAAUGAAAAAACUCCAAAGGGCCAUUCUGUAUUCAUGGAUGUAUUUGAACUGAUGAUGCACAAUGACAGCUGCACAGCAUGCCCUCUCCAGGAACGAACUAUCAUAACUAGAAAAGAAGGGGAAUCUGCAAAAAGUAUAAAUGAAAUGCUACUGAGUCGACUUUCCCGAUAUCGUGGCUCCCCUUCAGCUACAUUGGCUGCUCUUACUGGUUCCACAAUUACCAACACAUUGAAGGAAGAUCAUUCUGCAGCAAAUACAAGUUGCGGCUUGCCUUUGAAAACAUUAAGGAAGACACCAAUGUAUACGUGUGGAACGUACCUGGUUAUGCUUACUGCACCACCAGGAGGAUCUGGGAGUUCUGCAACACGCUCUCUGUUUGGUGGCACAAGUGGAUUGUCCUCUUUAAAAGUCCUGUCCUCUAGCCUGGUUUUCAACAUUUCAGAUGGCCAAUUUAACAGCCGAGCAGACCUGAUUGAUGCAGCUGGAAGUUCUCUUGGGCGGGGAGCUCUGGUUCCAGGACUGGGAGCCUGCUAUGAUGCCAUGAAUAAUAUGAUUUGGACGUGUUCUAGUGACUACAUGGAUCAAUGGUGUAACCCUGGUAACCAGGCCUUCCAUCACAUCUGUCAACGACUAGGUGUUAGCCACAUCAUCCUUGAACCAAAAGAUGAAUCUGUGUCAACCAGUAAUGUAAUUAACCAACUUCUGCAUCAUGUGGGAGCAAUGUGCAUUCAUCAGCUCAAUUUGCUGACUGCUAGUGCUAAUUUACCGAUCUCAAACUUCCUGGGAAAGCAGCACCCCAUUGAAGCUCAGCACCUGAGUAGUAUCUGUGACAUAAUGGAGAAGGCCAUGGCAAACAAGGAUGCCUGUAUUAUUCGCUGUAUUCUUAUUGUUUUUCAGGUAAUAUUCAAGUUUUUCUUCAACCCGCAAACAGAGCGAAACCGCGAGAUUGUACAACGAUCUGAGGUACUGCUCUGGCAGCUUUUAAAAACUCCUGUUGAUGAAAUUGGUGAAGAGAUUCAGAGGGAGGUGUGUUUGGCUAUUAGCUCAGGACUUAAUACACUGUAUCUUGGAGAACAAGAACUGAACAAUCUACUGAAAUUAGUAUUAACAGAAGGACAGAGAAACAGUGGUCUUUGUCAGUUACGAGAUAUUAUCUUGGUUAAUCUGGCUGAACAGCUGCAGAACAAUCGAUUUGGGAGUGAAGAUGAUGAUCACUACAGGCUGAAUGAUGAACUACUACACUAUAUCCUGAAGAUUGUGGUACAGGACUCCUGCAUUCUCAUCACAAAGUGCCAAACAGUUUCUAAAGAAGAAUUUCUCAGGCUUCUUGCUACAGUGCCAGUUGCAUCACCCUGCCUCCGUUAUUUGAUGGCAGUGCAGAAUCACCUCCUCAGUAACACGGUCCUCAUCAAACCUGAUGAGCAUGAUGAUAGUGACAGCUCCCUGCAGGGGGAGACAUUGAAGGUACAGGAACUCCAGACCAGUAUCUUAGCACUAGCCACUAAAAUCCUAGGAGGAUGUGAUGAAGUACUUGAAAAACUCCAGCAUGUCACCACGUCUAUUAUUAACAGUGAAAUGGUCGACAAAGAGCACAGGUUGAAGGGCUUGGAACAAAUUACUAAGGCCACUAUGCUGGGUCAUUUGCUGCCAGUACUGCUGACAUCUUUGAUGCACCCAAACCUGCAGACCCUUGUCAUGGCCGAUGCACUGAUGCCACAGCUUGUUCAACUUGUUCUCUACACCAGCCAGACUGCGUUGCUGUUGAAAACACAAGCUCCUGUUUUCACGGAGAUAGCUGUUGAGCCCUUUGUUGGAUCGGAACAGAGCCAGAAAGGGAAGCUCCCGUCAUUGGAUGACAGAUCUUUCUUCUUACCCAUUUCUUUGGUGAUAUAUGCGGGCCCAAAUACUAACAGCAGGAAAGUGGCAGAAUAUGGUGGAAAUACAUUGGGCUAUGGAAGUCGUAGUGUGCUCGGAACUGGUUGGCCUAAGGACUUGGUGAAGGUUGAAGGGGACACAGUGACAUUUUCUUUUGAGAUGAGAAGUGGACGAGAGCAUAACACACCUGAUAAGGCCAUGUGGGGAUUUGCUUGUACUGUUCGAGCCCAGGAAUCUUCGGAGGAUGUUUCGGGGGGCCUCCCCUUCCUUGCUGAUCUUGCACUGGGCCUCUCUGUAUUAGCGUGCUCCAUGCUACGGAUCCUUUAUAAUGGACCUGAGACUACUAAAGAGGAGGAAACAUGUCACCAGCUACUCAGAUCAAAACUGCUACAGAGAUGCCAGUGGCAGGUUGAAGCUAAUGGUGCCUUAUCUCCUGCAUUGACACCAAGUCCCUCUCCUCUGCCGCUAACUAUUGAGGAAGACCAGGAGUUCACAUAUCCAUGCGAUGCACUCGCACCACCACCUCCAGUCACUGGACACUACUUUGAUCUGCCAAGGAUUCGUCUACCUCCUGGAAUAAUGGGAAAACUCAGGGAAAUAUCUGGCAGAGCACGACCCCAGUUCAGACCAAGUAUUAAGGAAGUGAUUCAGCCUGAUGUGAUGGAAGAAAUGGUGGUGUCAUGUGUGAUCAAACAUUUGAAUCUGAUUGAUGCACUGCAGUCUCUGAUUAAUUUCCAGUACCGAGAGGAGCACCUGGAAGAGUAUGAUCUACUGUGUAAAAUAAUGGGAGAAACGUUCAAAAAACUUAAUGCUAUGGAGAGGCAACUUCAGAGUGUAGCAGAGCUUGAACAGAAGUGGCAGAAUGAAAUGGAAGAUUGUCAGCAAGGGAAACUAGAAAACAAUCUGCCUUUUUUUCAUGACUAUCACUUCAAUGAGAGUAAAAUCAAGGAGUUAGAACUGCUGUGCUCCCUGAAGGAGAUGCCAUUUGACUCUAAUGACUUGGAAAACAUGGUCCUUUUAUUAAGGGAGAAAUUUGGUCAAGAGGUGAACUCCUUGAUGCCAAAAUCUUCGCAUUCUUUAGCAAAAACAAAAACUUUGGUGAAAAGUUUGAUGAAUCGAGCUGAGCUGUUGUUGCAUGUUACCAUAGCGGCACAGGCUGGUCUGACUAGGAGCAUUUCAGGAACCCCAGCUGACACGCCAGCUUGUAAAUCAUCUUCUGAAACCAAGGUGAUUUCCCACACUGUUCGCCAACCUGUGUUCCUGCGUAGCAUGUCUGCACCCUCUGACCUAGAAAUGAUUGCAAAUGAGGAUUUAGAAUUCACACGAGCCAGUCAAAGGAGACGCCAUGGGAAUAGUCAUCGGAGUAGUUCCUUCACUCUGCUUCAGUCUCUGACUAUUGAAGAUAGUCGGGACAAGCCAACGUAUAGUGUGCUGCUUGGACAGCUCUUUGCUUUCAUUGGGACAAAUCCUGACCAGGCUGUGUCAAGCAGCAGUUUCCUUUUAGCUGCCCAGACUCGGUGGAGGCGUGGUAAUACGAGAAAACAAGCCCUGGUACACAUGCGUGAGCUGUUGACAGCAGCAGUCCGAGUUGGUGGUGUUACUCAUUUGGUUGGACCUGUAACCACAGUUCUUCAAGGUGGGCCAAGGAUUGAAGAGCUGACAUGUGGCGGAAUGGUGGAGCAGGUUCAGGAGGCAUUUGGCGAGACCAUGACAUCAGUUGUUUCACUUUGUGCACGAUAUCCAAUUGCCUGCGCCAACAGCAUUGGCCUUCUUUGCACUAUUCCAUACACAAGAAGUGAGGAGAAAUGCCUGGUGCGUAGUGGUUUGGUGCAGCUCAUGGAUAGACUUUGCAGUCUAACAAGCCAGCGAGAAAGUAGCUCCAGUGAGAAACAGACAAGAAAACAGAAGGUAGCUACGAUGGCCUGGGCUGCCUUCCAAGUACUGGCUAAUCGCUGUGUGGAGUGGGAGAAGGAAGAAGGUGUAUCAACAAAUGCAGUCCAUUCUGGCUUAGCUCGUCAAGUGUCAAGCCUGUUGACCAACCAUCUAGCCCGUGCUACUGAGUGCUGUGGGAAUCAAGCAGCAGGGAAUGACGCACUGCAGGAUGUUCUCAGCCUCCUCAAUGACCUUUCCAGAAGUCAAAUUGGUAAAGCAAUCCUUAGCCAACCUGCCUGUGUGUCAAAGCUCCUUUCAUUGUUGUUAGACCAGCGACCAUCCCCCAAGCUGGUACUCAUCAUCCUUCAACUUUGCCGUGCUGCCUUGCCUCUCAUGAGUGUGGAAGACUGUGGGAAUGUGGAAUUGCCCCCAUGGAGCUAUUCUGUACCUCCCCUGGACAAUGAACAAGAUGAUCCUGCUGAUCCUGCUUCAAAUAUUGCAUCACUUCUAUUAGCUAAACUUGCUGAUUAUGUUGUACCAGGGUGUCAAACUGUGCUGUCUCCCAGCACGUCAGAAGCUGGUUCUUCCUUUUCAAAAUCCAGCCCAAAGAACUCAAUAAAAUCAGAGAAAGAUGGUGGAGAGGAAAGCGAGGCAGUAGAUGGUAAACUGUCGAUCUUGAUUCAUAAACGUGAGGAUCAGUCAUCCCAUGAAGUCCUUCAGCCAUUACUCAGUAGCUCGGAGGGGCGUCCUUUCCGACUGGGCACUGGAGCCAACAUGGAGAAAGUAGUGAAAAUGGAUCGAGAUAUGACCAAAACUGGGUAUUGUGAAGUUAUCACAGAAGAAGCAGUUGCAGCCUUGCGGAAGGCUACCAAAUGGGCACAGUCAGGGCUAAUUGUAAGUGUGGGCCCACCAGUGGAGGCUGCCAAUCAGGAUGCUACCAGCGGGCUGACAACUGGUGAUAAGAAGAAAACAGCUCGGACGUCUAUCUGCAGAGAAAAAAAUGCAGAACUUGCCAGAACAGACCCAGUCCGACCAUUCAUCAGUGGCCAUGUAGCAAACAGCAUGGCAGCAGAAGUGAUUGCUCUGCUCCAUAACUUAUUAAUGGCUCCUGAGUUCAGCACUGCCCAGAUCUGGACCACCACAGCAGAAAAGGUUCUCUCUCGAGCACAACCUUCUGAAUCAGUUAAUUCUAGUUCAGCUCCAUUUGGGAUGCAGCCGUCACUCUAUGAUCUAAUUGAAAGGAAGAAAACAGGUUCAAAGGAUUACAAGGCCUCCUGUUGCUUUGAAGAAAAGGGUGCUCUGAAGACUAUAUUUUUAUUCCACUUAAUCGCUAAAAAUAUAAUUUUAAAUUUUCUUCAGAUUUCAGGGAAGGGCAUAUCUGGAAGCAUUGGAGUGGUGACUUCUAUUAAUGAGCAAGAAGGUAUUGCCACAGUCCGACUCCCCUUAUCUGAUUUUCGAAAGGCUUCCAAAGCAUCAGACACAGUGACCGUUCCAAUCUCAAGACUGUACACACCACGAUGUGAGGCCUUGCCUUUGCAUAAGCUGUCCAUCACUGAAAAAGUAGUCCAGGCAGUUCAGUCCAUGUUGCUUCCACAAGAAGGGAGUCUCUCAAUUCUGACCUCACUCCCUGCAAUUGGUGAUGGCUCCACCCCUGUAAUGGCAGUAGUACGACUUGUUGCUGAAAUAAGAACCAGAGCAUGCUUAGUAAUGGCCCAGUUACUGGAGGAUAGUUUGUUCUGUGAGGAGUUCAUUCAGCAGUGUCCAGCAGCAGUCGAGGUUCUGAACCUGGUGGCACAAGAGUGUAGUCCUGGUGAACGGUUGGUGGUUGUAGAGGCGCAGUGCGAAAGAUUGAGGAUGUUAUACCGAGACUGUGCUCGUCCCCCACCUCCCCCACUGCAGUCUGACAGAAGACAGCCAAAAGAAAUUACCUGGUGUCCCUCUCGUGUCUUCCCUCCGGUGCGUGCGUGCAUGUUUUCUUCUCAUCUUACUGCUGUGACAUUCUUAGCUGAUCCAAGUGCAGGAGGCGGCUUGCCUCGUGGGACAUUUAUCUAUGCUACAUCACAGAUACCUGUGCAGGCACCAUCAUUUUAUUGGGAAUUAGAGAUUGUUUCCUAUGGAGACACAGAUGAUGACAGUGGCCCAAUCGUGUCUUUUGGAUUUGCUACGGAAGCUGAAAAAAGGGAUGGAGCUUGGACAAAUCCUGUUGGAACCUGUCUCUUUCAUAAUAAUGGGAGAGCUGUACAUUACAAUGGAUCCAGUCUGCUCCAGUGGAAGAGUGUUCGCUUAGAUGUCACCCUGUCACCUGGCGAUGUAGCAGGAAUUGGUUGGGAGAGAAGUGAUGGAACACCACCACCUCCAGGACAACCAUCAAAAGGCAGAGUAUAUUUCACAUAUUGUGGGCAGCGGCUAAGCCCAUUUCUGGAAGAUGUGUCUGGUGGAAUGUGGCCAGUUGUUCACAUUCAAAAAAAGAAUACUAAAGUCCGUGCAAACUUUGGAUGCCGUCCUUUUGCUUAUGCAGAAGGUCAGGCACACAGGAAUGCAGCCGAUCUCUGCAUUGAUCUAGCAGAGGAAAUUAGUGCCAAUUUUGAAGCUUUACCAUUCGCCAUGGCCUCUGACAGUGACAAUGAUGCUGGUGCUAGUGUGGCAUCUGAUACUGCAUCCCAUGGUCCACCCUGUCGCAUUGCAGCUACUGCUGCAGCACAACAGCAAUAUGAUAGUGAUGCCUCUUGCCAUUACAAAGUAGAAUUGAGCUAUGAAAACCUUUUGAUAUCUGGUCCAUACUGUCAUCCAUCACCAGUACCCGAUGAUGAAAGUGAUGAUGACGACGAUGAUGAUGUUCCAAGAGAAGAUCACUAUGCACUUUUAGUCAAAGCCUGGGAAACCAAAGUUUUCCCAACAAUUCGCAGACGGUUCCGGAAUGAAGCAGAAAGAAAAUCCGGAUUAGAUCAGAUAAAGGGUGCAUUGCAGCUUGGUAUGGUAGAUAUUGCUCGUCAGACUGUCGAGUUCCUUUAUGAAGAAAAUGGUGGCAUACCUAGAGAUCUCUACCUCCCAACCAUUGAAGACAUUAAAGAUGAAGCCAAUAAAUUCACAACUGAUAAAGUUCGAAAAGGCCUAACAGUGGUGAUCCGGUACCCAGAUAGUAAUAAUCUUAACAGCAGCACUGGUGGUACUGCUUUACCAAAGUUUGCCAUCCGAGGAAUGAUGAAAACCUUUGGCUUGAAUGGAGUUGUUCUUGACGUUGACACGGUAAAUGAAUUAGUUCAGGUGGAGACGUACUUAAGAAGUGAAGGUGUGCUGGUUCGUUAUUGGUACCCAAUUGAUAUGCUGGAGCGCCCUCCUGCCGGAUACAGACGCACAGCUGCUUAUGGACUAGUUACUCUGGACAACACAAACAUCCAGAUACACAAAGAGUUACUGCGCUGUGAGGCUUCUUUGGCCAGACUCUAUUGCCGGAUGGCAUUGCUGAACAUCUUUGCUCCCAAGUCACCCCACACUUUCACCCGGUUGUUCCAUAUCCCUGCUGUUCGUGACAUCACAUUGGAGCAUCUGCAGCUGUUGUCCAAUCAACUUCUGGCCCCACCACUCUCAGAUGGAACAAUCAGCUCCAAUUCAAUUCUUUUGGCGCAGUCCCUCCAGCAUUGUAACCAGGGUCAAAACUGCUCUCCUACUGACCUGUUCUACCAGGGCAAUUCCAAUUCCAUCAGGGAAUGGCUUACAGUUGCUAUCACACGAGCCUUACACCAGGGUGAAGAAAGUUUGUUGGAUUUAACAAAACAGAUCUGCUCUUUCUUACAGCAUUCACCAGAACAGUUCCCAUCUGAAGAGUUCCCAGUGACAGAGUCAAAAGUGAGCAUGGAUGUGCAUUUUCCUGGGGCUGCCUUUGUAAUGGUAUCAUGCAAGGAAAGUCCAGCAGGUUUUCGGAAAGAUUCUUCUCUGUAUAAGGCUCCUUGGGUUAGAGUGUUGGUGUAUGGACUUGGUCACAAAGUACGAAGAAAUGGACAACUUAACCUCACAGAAACUGUCUGUUACCCGAAAGAUGCAUCACCUACCAACACAGGGUUGACUCCACCUCCCACCACCAACCAAUAUCCUUCUGUUGUCAUCCCUACUGACAAACUGCAUGUCAAACUAGGUGUCUCCCCGCCACCUGGCGCAGUGCUGGUGUUAAACUCGUUGCCUCUGGAAUUUCCUCUGGCACUAGCAUUUGCUGAACAGUUGUUAACAUGGAAACUUGGCGAAAGUGAUGGGAAAUCUGAGGAUGAACUUGAUGACGUUCCUGAAUCAGUUCUCCUGCAGGUUGUUGAACUGUUUGCCAACCUCCUGUGGACCACAGACCUAUCCCCCAGUAUAAAGGAAAUGAUAUUCCACCUACUAGCUGAACUGCUGCGCAAAAUCCAUCAGCUGGAACAGAAAAAGAAUCCAGCUGGCCUAUCUUCAUCCAUUGCAAUCCAGCUAAACCCAUGCCUGGCUGUUCUGAUGGCAAUACAAACUGAGCUGCGGAAACUGUAUGAUGAGGAAACACAAAAUUGGAUGACUGGGAAUAGCGCUGGUAUUGGAAUUGGAGCGACUGACCAGGGCCGCUUCUCCACUUAUUUCCAUGCAUUGAUGGAGAUUUGUCUUGCUGUUGCAGAAGUAACGCUACCAAUCAACAUGAGCACAGUGGUUAAUGUGAUGACCUCCACAAGCGCACCGAGUCUCAGUGAUUCUUCUUCUUCCUCUUCGUCUUCACCUGGGCAGACACCACAGAGCCCCAGCUUGCUAUCCAAAAGGAAAAAGGUCAAAAUGAAACGGGAGAAAACAUCAGCAACAGGAAAACGACUAACCUCAAGAGGCAGUGAGAGUGAUGCAUCUAUCCUGAAUAUUGGUGGCAGUAAACCAGAGGACAUGCUGUGGUUCCAUCGGGCCUUGACGUUACUCAUGAUCCUCCGUCAUCUGACCAACAAGGACCCGCAAGGUCUUGGAGUGACGAAUGAUGCCAUCUCAGAUGCCUGCCAGGCUUUAGUAGGCUCCACCUCCCACAGCAGGUUACUGGUGAUUUCAGGGAUACCAACGCAUCUUGAGGAAUGUGUUGUCCGAAGUGCCAUUCGCAGGGCUUGCAGUGCACAUGGUGGCAUUUUCAAAGAUGAAAUUUAUAUACCGUUGCAAGAUGAUGACCCUAAAAAGCUGAAAGUGAAAGUUGAUAGCAGGUUGGAAUUGGAUAAGUCAACAACAGUCAACAGCAUCGACAGUAUGGAUGUUAGUAGUGGUAGCAGUGUCACACCAGCUAUGAGUAUGAGUGCUUCUGCCUCUACUAGUCAGACCUCAAUUUGUAGCUCUCAGUGCGUUUCUCGGACAACAAGUGAUCUUUCGGUAGACCAGUUUCAAGCAAGUCAUGAUGUUGCUACACCACAGGGAAUGGUUGAUCCACACACUGUAUCUAGUCAGGAGAGCUUGGACCUAUCCCUAUGCAGCACUGGGAGCUUGGGCAGUCUUGGUAGUCUAGGAGAACCCAUGGACAGUGCAGACUCUGCUUCUAUUUCUGAUGUAGGAUCUAUGUACACAGUCACGUCACUGGACAAUAAUCCACUUGUGACACGCCCCAUCAAAGGUUAUGCCAUUGUUGAGGUGAGAGCCAGGGCAAAAAUUGAAAAGAUCCGUGCCAGUCUGUUCAAUAGCAGUGAUUUGAUUGGAUUGUCCAGUCUGGAUGGGGAAGAUGAAUUAAUGGAGAUGUCGACAGAAGAGAUUUUGACAGUGUCAUCUGUAAACCAGAGCUUGUUUGACACCCAAGGCAGUUCAGCAUUGGAAGAUUAUUUCACUGAUAAGCUCAUAAAAGGUGAUAAAGUUGUUCCUGGAGCACGCGAUGUUCUUGCAGAGAUAUUCCGAAGCUGUAUACACUCUGAGCAGAUGCUAAGUCUGGCUCCAGCCAAGCCUAUCAAAGUUUCUGACAUUUUCCUCAGUAAAGAGCAAAUCAACUCUCAGACACCAGGAAAUUUGUUGCAAAUUUUUUUCACAAAUGUCCGACCACCAAAGAAAGUUCUAGAGGAUCAACUCACACAGAUACUACGGAAGUAUGGCAUACCUAAACCAAAAUUCGACAAGAACAAGUACAGUAAAGGAGGAAAGGAACAACACCCUGGGAAAGUAGUAAGCACAAAAAGACCAAUUGCCAAACCUCCAGGCAAAGACAGGUCCAUGCUGAACAGCGUCAGAACGGCAUUGAGUGAAAAGAAACCAAUUGUGAAAGCCAAGUCUCCUGAAAAGAACACCAAACCUGAGGACAAGGACCCAGAGAAGUCACCAGCAAAGAAACCAGAAGUACCAGAAGAGAAGUAUUUAACAUUGGAUGGUUUCCAGAAAUUUGUCGUAGAUCGGUCAAAGCAGGACAUCCGGAGCGUUUGGAGGGCAAUUCUUUCCUGUGGCUAUGACCUUCACUUUGAAAGGUGUGCCUGCAUUGACACCAGACAUGCCCAAAGAUCCUGCAAAAAAUGGACUCUAGAGAUGGACGUUGCACUUGUACAAUACGUCAACCGUCUUUGCCGCCAUCUUGCCAUCACUCCAAGCCGACUCCAUCCUCAUGAAGUCUACCUUGACCCUGCAGAUUUACAUGAUCCAAGGAUUGCCUGUUUGUUGAAUGUUCCAAUUGAAAGCCUUCGACUUCGUUUUGCUCUACUUCAGUCUUUAAACAACACUUUGGAGACAUUCUUCCUGCCUUUGGUGGAACUCAGACAAACGCAUACUUAUAUGGAUAGCAUUGCAUCACUGCUACGAGAGGCUAAAGGAUUAGUUUUUUAUGAUACUAAAUUAGCUGUGAUGAACCGGGUGUUGAAUGCAACUGUACAGCGAACUGCAGACCAUGCCGCACCUGAAAUAACACUGGAUCCUUUGGAAAUAGUGGGAGGUGAGAUUCGUUCAUCAGAAAAUACCUACUUCUGCCAGGCAGCUCGACAACUGGCAUUAGUGCCUUCCUCCCAACUCUGUGUAAAAUUGGCAAGUGGCGGAGAUCCAACCUACGCAUUUAAUAUUCGCUUCACUGGUGAAGAAGUGCACGGAACAAGUGGAUCAUUCCGACACUUUCUGUGGCAAGUUUGUAAAGAGUUACAGAGUUCAGCACUUUCACUUCUUAUACCUUGUCCAAGUUCUGCAGCCAACAGAAACAAGGGCAAACACAUCCUGACUCCUGGCCCAAUAACAUAUACUGAGGAGCAACUGUUACACUUCUUUGGCCAAUUACUUGGAAUUGCUAUCCGAGCAGAUGUCCCACUCCCUCUUGAUCUCCUCCCAACGUUUUGGAAGACUCUAGUUGGUGAAUCACUGGAUCCAGAGUGUGAUCUGCAAGAGGUUGACAUCUUGACCUACAACUACGUCAAGAAGUUUGAGACUGUUAAUAAUGAGAUAGAACUUGAGGCACUGUGUGCUGAAAUAACAUCACAUCACCUAACCACAGAGAGCCCUGAAUCUCCCAGCAAGCCCUGUUGUAAAUUCAGUUACAUCGCCAUGACAGGCGAGGAAGUGGAGCUAUGUCCUGGAGGCAAGAAUAUCGCUGUUACGUGGGAUAAUAAAGAUGCAUAUGCUUCAGCAAUCCGCAAUCUGAGGCUGCAAGAGAUUGAGAACACUGACUGCAUGACUGCGGUGCGUGCAGGGCUUGGCUCAAUUAUUCCCUUGCAGCUCUUGACACUUCCAACACCAUUGGAAAUGGAGUUGAGGACAUGUGGACUGCCCUACAUAAACCUAGAGUUUCUAAAGGCUCACACCAUGUACCAGGUGGGACUGAUGGAGACUGAUCAGCAUAUUGAAUUCUUCUGGGCAGCGUUAGAGAUGUUCACUCAAGAGGAACUCUGUAAAUUCAUCAAAUUUGCCUGCAACCAGGAACGAAUACCAUUCACCUGCCCCUGCAAAGAUGGUGGCCCUGAUACCGCCCAUGUUCCACCAUAUCCUAUGAAGAUUGCUCCUCCUGAUGGAGCUGCAGGUUCACCGGAUUCCCGAUACAUUAGGGUAGAAACCUGUAUGUUUAUGAUCAAACUUCCUCAAUAUUCCUCGCUUGAAAUCAUGCUGGAAAAGCUCCGUUAUGCUAUCCACUACCGUGAAGACCCUCUCAGCGGCUGAGCAGGACACAACUGGCAUUCCCAGAUCCUUUUGCAACAAAUGGCAAUGCCUAAGGACCUCCUUGAACCUACUUUUAAGAAAAGGAAUUGAGGUGGAAGCCAGAUGGAAAUCGAUGCUGCAGUCGGGAGCAGUUCCUUCUGAACCCGUCACAAGCAAAAUGCUUCCACACCGAUGCAAACUUUCUUUUUGUAAAUUUCCAUUUCUAUUGAUGGACUGAGAAUGGUGUGUUGCUGUCUUGUCAAGCAGCUAUUCCAAGAGUGUACGGUGCUUUUACCACUACAGCGGUGUAUGUUACUGUACCCUUAAAACACAAACGCUUGUGGUCAAACAGGAUAAUAGUUUAUUGUAGGAUCUAACUGUUUUUAUACUCUGUGGUCUUAACUUUGGAGCAGCAUUUUAACUUUCAUGUUCUCAUAGAAGGAAAUUUCUUUUACUUUUCCUUGUGCACAAGCACACACAUGGGAACACUACCCAAAAUUAGACAAAUCUUCUCUUCCAGAUCAGCUUUGGCUUCUAAAAUGUCUAGUAACCAUAUGUGCGCACAAGUGUGCUACAGAAUUUAAACGCUCCAAAGUUAGUGUCGUGAUCGUCAGUGUACAAAAAGGCAUACCUCCACCUACCAACAAUUAAUCUUCUAGUUAUAGGUGGAUUUAAAUGAAUCAUGUGACCCAGUCUAUUUCCCUUUUCUCCUUCACAGAAAAGAUAAGAUGUGAGUACUUGUAUGUAAGAUCAGCAUGUCAACAGAUGCCUGCUUUGCCAUGAAGACACUCAGCUGUCCUUUUAUUUAAUUUUUCAAUCUUUUGUCAUACUGACAGGAAGUCCGUGACUGCAAAUAUUUUCUUGCAAAGUUCCUUUGCUGACGGUCUGUCAGUGCUUUUGAGAUAGCCAGUAAUGUAAGAAGCCUUGAUUUGAUGCUUUGGGUAACAUAAUUUCAGAUAUCUCCUUUCCUACUGACAGAAGAUCCCAGAACUUGGUAAUAAGACAGUUCUCUGUAAAGUUAUUUUAUGUCAGAGGUCAGUUUAUGAUCAUUGCUGGUUCAGUUUAUCCUCUUCAUUUUCCCUUAUGGGUUUUCAAAUUAUACUAUUCCCAACUGAGUGGUGGACAAAUAGCUGAUGGCCACUGCUUGGAUAAGAAUGUCAGGUCACAGAACUGUAAGCCUAAUCAAUUAGAUCAGAAGUCUUGUCCCCUUGAAUUUUGAAUUUUCUAUAUUAAAUUUGAAAUGCAGUAGCAUGAAUCCUAAUAAAAUAAAGCUAUCUUACUAUAGAUUGAUUUAAGAUUUACAAUGCAAAUAGCCUGCAUUACAUGUUUUUAAAAAAAGUCUGCACAACCCAAUGCACAAGUUUCCAUCCUUCGGUUUUGUUUACUCCAUAGCCAUUUCGGAAUAGUCUUUUACAUGGUUUAACAACACAUUCAGCAGUAAAUUGGCUAACUACAUUGUAAAAUGCUACUUUUGAUACAAAAUGUUGUGGAAAAAUACUGCGCUGAGAGAUGCAAACCAAAUAUCAUGAUUUGGCACACUCAAUUUAUCCAAGCUGUUUCAUAUUUAGUUGGGAGUAUAAAAUGACAUUAUCAGCAUGUAGUCAGAAUGAUGAAGUAAGCUCCAACCGUAAAGAAUAUUUAAAUAGUGUCCAGCAGAAAUGACAUCACUUCUAAUCUGAAAUGAGUGAUACAGCUAUUGAGAUCACUGGUUGUGUGGUUCCAGAAUUCUCUGAAUCAGUGAACAUUCUUAUUUAAAGGGGAAAUGGAUAUGGCUAUGCAGCCUGAUGUCAAUUAAGAUGUUGAGUUUUUCAAUGUACGUUAAAAUUUAAUUUGACAGUACAGUGAAUGUACCACAUACAUGUAUUUGCUAAUUGUUUAUUUUUCGGAUAAAACAGAUUUCUAAAAAUUCCUCCUCUCCUCCCAGCAUCUUUCAUUGUCCACCCCCAUAAAAAUCCACAACCUGUAAGUUUUGGUUUUGCAAUAAUAUAGGCUGUAGGUUAUUUCAGCGUUUGCAAAAAGGCAGUCAUGAAGAGUUGUACCUGAGGUAAACUUGAAACUAAGCUGUGACACAUCAGAACCUUUGACAGUCUUCACUGCUAUUGUGUAUCUGACUUUGGAAUUUCCCAAUAAUGAAGUGAAGCUAGUAGAGAGAGUUUGGAAGUACAUACAUACCCUCAAGUCUGUCACUGUAAAUUGAAAGUUUACACUGGCUUGUAAUCUCUUUCAAGAAUAGGUAAUUCUUCAUUACUAAUUUUAAUAGAGCUGUGAAAUGUAUAUUGACAAUACAAAGAAAUGGAAGAUUGUGCUUCAGGACAAUACUUGUCAUAUUUAUCAAGAUAGCCUAUACCAAUGGCAUUAAGUACCCCUAGUUCUAGGAUUAAUCAGGACCAAUUUUACAGAAGUAAAGAGCUGAGGUUAAUACUGGCCUAAGCAUACAAGGCAGGGGAAGCAAGAAGUGUAAGGAUAAUAUCAGUAUAAACCUGUGAAUCUUGGUGGAUUUAUCCCAACCCUUUGCAAUACAGGAGAUUUGACGGGUCUUAAAGCUUGUGGUAGGAGGCUUAAGUAAUGUAUCCUCCAGAUACAUAAAGUGUAAUAUAAACUAUCAUAGGGUGCAGAGUGUAUUUUGUUUUCUUUUGCUGUGCAAUGGUAAGAUAGCCUGCAAACAUGUGAAGGGCCUGCUUAAUAACUGAGUGAAUGAAGGUUUUGUGUAAUUAGUUAUUUGGCAAACAAAGAGCAGAUUGACCUGCUGCCAGUGUUGAUGCUGCGAGUUUAUUUUUGUGGAGUGGUUCAAACAUUUCAGCAAAUUAUAUAGUUAAAUUCUGGAAUUAGUUAUUGUAUAAUUGUCAAUUUUAUUCAUCUUUUAUUAAAUACAAUGAAGAGGUAUGUUUUGGUAGAUGAACCUUGGCUUUUCAACUAAGGUUUAAUAAAUUGCAAAAAGUCAAGAACCAUAAUAGAGCUGUAAACAGGAACAAGCUGGUCAAUCAAAAAUUUAAAUUGUUUAUAGAUAGUACUACAAUUUUGGUUAUGGUCCCAGAUUGACAAGCUAGUUUUGACUAGCACAGAUCUAAAGCAAAGGGUGUUGAAAUUUUUUUAAAAAGUCAUAAUCGUUUCAGUGGUUGAUUUCAUGGGACAACAAAGCAACACCACAUCUAGUUGUUUUUAUAUACAAACUAUUAGUUGAAUAAUCCCCCAGUCUGUCCCCUCACCCAAAAAGGCUGACACCAGUGUAGAUCUGACUCUUUGUCCCUACCUUGUUAGAGUGAUGUGGUACUGGCUGUGGUAAUGUUAAUCUGCUGCUAUGACUGCUCCAUUUUACGAGGAGCAACCAGAUAAACUAAAACUUACAAAGGACAUAUCAACAUACAGGUGUUAAUGUGCGCUGUACAGUUAUUGAUGUAUAUUUAUUGCAAUUAUUUAUGAAUGCAUCUAAAAAUCAUCUGUAUUGUUGAUUUAGUCUGCAUUGGUACCUAAAGCAGUGAUGUAUGAAUGGAAAUUACAUUCAUAUUAAAAAGUUCAAGCAGAUUUUUUUAAA